AUGGCGACUGAGACCCGAGAAGAGCCUGGCCAGACCAUCUUGGUCGCGGCAAUAGACGAUGACAAUGGCGGUGAGCCAGCCGACGCUCCCGCCGAACACGCCGAACACGCCAAGCGAGGAUCCGUAGAUGAGCAAGCCCAAGGCUCGCCACCCAGCCCGGACCCUUCAGAGCGACCCGCAAAGAAGGUGAAGCGGGGGAAAUACAUAUCUAGAGCAUGCACAUCAUGUCAACAGCGGAAAAUAAAGUGCGAGGGCGGCGAACCUUGCGCACAAUGCAUAGCCAGAAAGCGGCAAUGUGUUGUCUCAAACCACGAGCUUCUGUCACGCCUGGUCGAAGUCGAACGUCGAUUGAACGUCAUGCAAAAUUUCCCAACACCGAGAUCUACUGAGCUUGAAAACGUCCUGGAGGCAGACGGGCAGACAUUCGCUGGCGAGAUUUCAAUGAGCCCAGCAUUUCAAGACGUCGACGAGGGCCUUGGCCAUGCAGUCAACUCCACUUCAAAAUCGAUCCCGAAAAUCCCCUCAGGUCAAUCGUUCUCGAAUCCGGCGACGUCUGGGGACAAAGGCUCACGGAAGGUUCGGGGCUGGUUGGAGAGUGUUCUGAACCAGCACGGCGUUGUCGCCAAUGAGGAAGAAUGGAGGCGCUAUCUCGCUAUUUUUAUGGACGAGAUCCAUAUCCUCUACCCAAUUCUUCACCGGCCAACUGUCUGGGAGACAUUCAACGAGUUGUGGGAGUAUUCAGCACUGUGGUCAAUGAGCAAUUCCGCCGAUCGAGAGCAGAAGCGCAUGUCGGUGGCCCUAAUCUGCUUCUGCCUAGCUCUGGGCCGCUGCAGCGUAUCGACAAGAAUGACAGAUGCCAACGGCGUCCAUUCCGCUGGGUGGAGUCUGUAUAGUGUUGGUCUGGCCUUGAUGCAGGACACAAUGGAGAUGAGCAACAAUGCUGCAAAGUCAUUGGUGACAAUGCAAAUCCUGCUGCUGAGAGUCUUGUAUUUGUUCCGCUUGGAUGCCACCCAACGAGCGGUCAGAGUUCACGCACUGCUCGUUUCCAACGCGCACAUUGUUGGCUUGCACCGACAGAGCACUUACGACAAGAUGCCCGUAUUUUGGGCCCAGAUGUACUGCCGAACCUGGUGGUCCAUCUAUGUCUUAGACCGUCGACUAGCAAUCGAGUCGGGGCGGCCAUAUCUCAUUCAAGACUGCAACAUCGAUACCGCGUUGCCGUUGGAACUUGGCGAUGAUUGGUUGAGCCAGUACUCAAAAGCAACGGACACGGCUCAGAGCCUCAAAAGAGAGACAUCGGCAGAGAUUGCAAGCGAGCCGAUCACACCAAUACCAUAUUUGAUGGCCAUGGUGCGAUUCUCUCGAGUUGUGGGCAAGGUGUGGGAACUCAUGUAUGGCAUCAAGGGACUGAAUCCCACUUCGUCUGCCAUGGUGGAGUAUGCAGACAGUGUGCUGUGCAACUUGCUGGAAAACGUGCCGAAAGAUCUGUCAUUUGAUCCAAGGAUAUCACCAGAUCUCCAGUUUGGCACGAGGUUACGAUGGCAGGUCAAACAAACAAUGCUGCUCUUCUCGUGCAGUACCUUCCUUCGACUUUUAAUCCGAAGACCCUUUUUAACCAACGCGCCGCCCGAUGGCCGCACCCAAGACGACGAACUCGAAUCCGACUUGAUCCUGGCUGCUACUCGAUCGUUGAACAUGUACUGCCACCGGAUCUGGGUGUCGGGAAAGACGAUGCGCUGGGUCCGUAAGCUGACCCUGAUCGUUCAGCGCACGCUAAACGAAGUCGUCUCGGAAGAGCGGCCUGCGCAAAGUGCAAACGGCUUGCAGAAUGCUGGGGGUAGUAAUCGUGUCGAAGAAUCGCGGUCGUCUGUACUCAAUGUUGACGGCUUGCCACACGACUCCAUGGUUACCGAAAAUGCCUCAAUGCUCUCUGACACGCAGCCCGGACGAUCCGAUCAGACCAACGCUAGCCUGUGGGCGAUGAUGGAGGGCGGCGCUGACAAUCCGACGCCCGAGCUGCCGGAGUGGGCGAUGUUGGAUUUCAACUUUGAAGCCAUCAUCAACGGUGAUGGGAUGAACCCCAGAAUGCCCGCCGAGGGACUCUCUACGAUCGCAGAAGACGACAAGUCCAGCUCAGGAAGAGGGGGAGGACUAGGCAUGGAUUUUGAUAUCGAUCAUUCAAUAUUUGGUUCGUUGGAGUCCACGGGGGUGUUUGACAUCGAUAUGGAUGUGGAUAAGGCUGUGAUGAGUCUUUGUAACCCUACGAAUGGUGGUUAUUAA